CGACGGUCCUCAUAAGCGGAAUCACUACCGCAUUUUAUCAUUUUUAUUAUAUUGUAUUAUAAUUUUAAUGUUUUUGUUGUGUGACCAUAUAUGUGAUGAUCGACAAUGUAUUUUAGUGUGAUUCAAAUUGUGAAAUGAAGUUACCCGUCAUUCAGUAGUGAAACAAUUGUUUUAUUUCUUUGCAAUUUUAUUAGUGUUACAGUAUUAGCUACGUAGGGGGCGGUACCGUGAUGCCAGUUCGGAAGCAAGAGGCCCACCGAGCAUUGGAACUGCUGGAAGACUACCACAGCAAGCUAAUUAAGCCGCAGGACCGCCAGCUUCGUCUUGCUAUCGAAAGAGUCAUCAGGAUUUUCAAGUCACGUCUUUUCCAAGCACUUCUUGACAUUCAAGAAUUUUACGAGUUAACAUUAUUGGACGACACCAAGACAGUUCAGCAGAAAACAGCUGAGACAAUCCGGAUAGCUAAUAAGUGGGAAGCUGACGGCGUCCGACGUGAGGUACUAUCUGGAGAAAACGAGUACAGAUCAGUAUCAAAUGCCUUUCUGCAAGACAACAAUAGAAAAUCAGACAACCGCAAUGUUAACACACCAGACUCUGGACGGGUGGGGGUCAUUCCUUCUAUCAUAUCACCAGCUGAAGAAACAGAAGAGAAGAAGGCUCACGUCUCGACACCUGAAAUGAAGCAGUUGCAGAUAAACGGGAUAGAAGGUGGUGCGGAGCGCACGGUGGGCGAGGAUGGCUACUUGUACUUAACAGUGGUGUUGUCGCGGGCGGGGGGCGCGGGGCUUGGCUUCAGCAUCGCCGGCGGCUCCGACAACCCGCACGUGGCCGACGAUCCGCACAUUUACGUCACUAAGCUUAUACCCGGCGGCGCGGCCGCUGCUAGCCAAUUGCAAAUCAAUGACGCCAUAUUACAGGUUAACGACACGUCAGUCGAAAGUGUGACGCACGCUGAAGCGGUUGAUGCAUUAAAAAAGGCUGGAAACACAGUAAGACUGAAAAUAAAACGUCGGGCAACAGACGACGCUCUACUAAACGUAUCACAAAUAUCAAAUAAGGAGGAGGCGGUAGAAAUAGAGUUAGUGAAAGGCGGUGCAGGGUUAGGGUUCAGCAUAGCGGGCGGCCUCGGCAACCAGCACAUACCGGGGGACAAUGGCAUCUAUGUGACCAAGAUCAUGGCGGGCGGCGCCGCGCACCGGGACGGCAGGCUGAGGGUCGGAGACAAGUUGCUGGUCGUCAAAAAUACUUCUAAAGGCGAUGUGAACCUGGACAACGUGACGCACGAGGACGCAGUGAGCGCGCUAAAAGCGUCCGGCGAGCGCGUGCAGCUGGUGCUCAUACCGGGCCCGCGCCACGGACAGCCCUCGCCGAGGACGUCGCGAGCUAACACGCCAUCAAGCACUGCGAAUUCGUUACGACGCGAGGACGUGACAGACAGCAGCGAGGAGACCCGCGUGGUGGACAUCGAGAAGGGCCCCCAAGGCCUCGGCUUCAACAUCGUGGGGGGUGAAGACGGGCACGGCAUCUACGUAUCAUUCCUGCUGGCGGGGGGCCCGGCGGAGAAGUCCGGACAACUCAGGAGGGGCGACCGGUUGCUUGCUGUGAACGAUGUCGAUAUAACGCAUGCUACACACGAGCAAGCCGCUAAGGCUUUGAAGGGCACGGGUCAAAACGUAAAGUUAACAGUAGUGUACAGGCCACAUGAAUACAACAAAUUCGAAGCUCGAAUAAAUGAACUGAAGCAACAUCACACACUGUUAAGGACGUCGCAGAAAAGGUCGCUUUACGUGCGAGCCCUCUUUGACUACGACCCUAUCAGAGACGACGGGCUGCCGUCAAGAGGACUACCGUUCCGGUACGGUGACAUAUUGCACGUGACUAACGCCUCUGAUGACGAGUGGUGGCAAGCCAGGAGGCUCGACACAACGGACCCGGACGCGAUUGGCAUCAUUCCGUCGAAGAAGCGCUGGGAGCGCAAACAGCGGGCGCGGGACCGACAGGUGAAGUUCCAGGGACAGGGGACGCCGGUCAGCACGAGUCAGUCAACGUUGGAGAGGAAAAAGAAGACGUUGUCCUUCAGCAGAAAGUUCCCCUUCAUGAAGAGCCGAGAGGACGGCAAGUCUGAAGACGGCUCGGACCAGGAGCCUUUCAUGCUUUGUUAUACUCAAGAGGACACUAACGCAGACGGGGAAAUCUUGUACCGAGUGGAACUUCCCAUGAUGGAGGAGAUAACGCUCAUUUAUCUCGAGGACGAGAGUCAAGACGAAGCGGUGUUGUCGUACGAAACGGUGCAGCAACUGACGAUCAGUUACACGAGGCCUGUGAUAAUCCUCGGCCCGCUCAAAGACAGGAUCAAUGAUGACCUCAUAUCAGAGUUCCCUGAUAAGUUUGGAAGCUGCGUGCCUCACACAACUCGUCCCCGGCGGGACUACGAAGUAGACGGACGCGACUACCACUUCGUGGGCAGCCGGGAGCAGAUGGAGCGCGACAUACAGAACCACCUGUUCAUUGAAGCCGGACAGUACAAUGAAAACCUCUACGGAACCUCUGUCGCCUCCGUGAGGGAAGUCGCCGAAAAGGGAAAACAUUGCAUUUUGGACGUAAGCGGGAACGCCAUUAAAAGGUUACAAGUGGCGCAACUUUACCCUAUUGCCAUAUUUAUUAAACCAAAGAGUGUAGAAUCUAUUAUGGAAAUGACGAAGCGAAUGACCGAAGACCAAGCGAAGAAAACAUACGAACGCGCUCUGAAGAUGGAGCAAGAAUUCGCCGAAUAUUUUACAGCUGUGGUGACAGGCGACACCCCCGAGGAGAUCUACGCGAAGGUGAAGGCGGUGAUCACUGCCGAGAGCGGGCCCACCGUGUGGGUGCCGCGUCGCGACCCGCUGUGAGCCGUCCGUGCCAUAACCACCCCUACCCCUACCCCUACCCACGGUCCAAACGACGGUGUUUGACUUCCCCUAGCGCUAUCCAUGCUAAAGAAAAUCGUAGCGAUAAUCUCGCAAUACCUUACCAAUAGGGUAUAAUGCAUAUAUUUUUUACUAGCUGACGCCGCGCGGUUUCACCCGCGUGGUUCCCGUUCCCGUAGAAAUAUGGGGAUAAUAUAUAGCCUAUAGCCUUCCUCGAUAAAUGGGCUAUCUAACACCGAAAUAAUUUUUCAAAUCGGACCAGUAGUUCCUGAAAAUUAGCACGUUCAAUCAAACAAACAAACUCUUCAGCUUUAUAAUAUUGGUAUAGAUAUUUUGAAAUAUGAAUCAUUUUCUGAUAUACAAAACUACGAUGAAAGUAAAAUGCAGAGAUAAAAUUUUAUUUAUUAUCUGCAGUGUAUACUCUGCAACAAAAAUAUGGCAGAUAUUAUUUUGAUUCGAGUACAUUUGGAAAUUAGCAUUCGAUUCGCAUACAGUUGACCUUCAGUACAUCGUAAUCGCGCGAAUGCUAUAGCGAAUUCGUUACGAUUCUCUUCUGUGGUGAUAGCGAAAUGUAUAAAUGUAUAUGUACGCACCUGAUUACCUGCAAAGCGGUUGAAUGCAUAAGCAAUAAAUAAUCUUGUUUGCUUGGUUUCUUGGCUCUUGAGCCAUUUGAGCCAAUGUCAAGUGACAAAUAAAAUCGUCUUGGCGUUUAGGUCAAUCAAACUGGAUUCUAGAAGAUCAGGAUCAGGUUUCCAUCCAGCAAAAGAAUUAUAAUAGUCCCGGUAGCACAGCGUUAAAGUCAGUUUACCUAUGAUUCCAAAGCUCCUAGAUUUAGGGUUCAUUUACACGAGUGGCAACUCUAUCGACGACUGCAGUCGACUGCUGUUGGCUGCCGCCGAGACGUCGCUGACUGCAGUCGACUGCCGCCGAGAGUCGCCGAUUGCAGUCGUCGGUUGCAGCUGCCGUUCGUGUAAAUGAACACUUAUCCUCUGUCCUUUGAACAUAAUGGCCUGUAUUAGGUUCCAUAUACGCCCCCCCUCCCCCCUCUUCUACUACUACACUACUUUUUCGGUCUUCAACAAUUUGAGUCUGUAGCCAUUUGGCACGACGAUUCUCUUUCUACAAACGCUUCGAAAAUAAAAAAAUGUAUGGGAAUGACAUUUGCUAUUGACAGGUCACGUGAUCAAGUUGUCGAUCGGAUCUGUCAUUUCAAUACAUUUUGUUACUUUUCGAAGCGUUAGCGUUUGUAGAAAGAGAGUCGCUAUGCCACAUGGCUACAGGCCCUGGUACAAAUAUUGAUCAAUCAAAUAGAAUACGUAAUACAAUUUGAUCGUAUGGUUAGGGCUUUAUGAUAGCUAGCUGCAAUGCGGGUAAUCCGACAGUGCGUAUGUGCCCUAACAUUGUUGAAUUAUGUGAUAGGUUCGAGGACCGAAAGCGUAUAUGUAAUGCGUUAGUAAUAUAUUGAUCGACGCGUUGGACCGCAAACGAACGAAAAUUUAACGUUCGUUUUAGAUUUAAUGAUGGGAGAUUCCUUAAGUGGUAUGUAAUAAAUAGCUAAAUAUUACCUAAAUGACCACUGCACUGUUAUCGUACUAAAUUAAAAGUCAAAUACCAAACUGUUACAGCCAUAUUUAUAAACAUGGAUUAAGAUUUAAACCUCCAUUUUCUUCGAAGUAAAGUGAGCCUAAUCACUAGUAUGUAAAGUUCACUUUACUUUGAAGAAUAUUGAGGGUAAAUUAUCCAUCUUUAUAACUAGCUUAGAGGUCCUAUUUAUAUGCAUUGCAGAUUUUUGUACAAAUCAAAAAUUAGUGUUUUAUCGCCCUCUUGAUAUACAUGGCAUUUAUGAUGUACAUGAAAUAUUUUCUUCAAAUUAUCAAUAGGCGUUAACAGUUUUACCAUCAAAAUAUGCUAUAAUCGGAUGCAAAUAUGACGUCUUGGAAAUAAACUGCGGAUGUCCGCAAAUGCCCCGCGCCGUUACGUUACUGCUGAUAUCUAAAAUAUUGCAUUCGACUAUACAGAUUUUAAUUUUAUAACUUUGUUAUUAAUACAGUCAUAUUGCAAAACGAAAAAAAAUAUUUAAAUUAUUGGACUUUAUGGUGCGCCGAGUUAUUUACUAUUUAAGGUUUUGUCUAAUGUCCUUUGCCAUUCUAUUCAUGGUCAUUAAAAACUCAGGCAGAUAUUUACCAUCUAUAAGCGAUAUUUCGAAGUUCUUAAAAGUAUAGCGGAUUAGAAAGUUGCGUAUUUUUAAAAUCUAUUGUUUUUACGAUUUUAAUGAUUAUUAUAUUUUAAUACCGCAUCGUAGAAUUAUUGGAGAUCGUUUUAGCAUAAGGGUUCAUUUACACGAGCGGCAACUGCUACCGACGACCUCAGUCGACUGCAGUCGCCGACGUCUCGGCGGCAGUCGCCGACUGCAGUCAGCGACGUCUCGGCGGCAGUCGACUGCAGUGCGCGACCGCCGUCGCUCACCGCCGAGAGUCGACUGCAGCUGAGACGUCGCCAACUGCAGUCGAUUGCCGUUGGCUGCCGCCGAGAUGUCGCUGACUGCAGUCGUCGGUAUCAGCUGCCGUUCGUGUAAAUGAACACUAAGUUUCGUCUUUUGAAACGUUUCACGCAAAGUAAAUAUGGUAACCGUUUUAUAAUACCAACGCUUUCACUGUAGUAUAAUUACGCUUGUGUUUAUUGUGCAAAUCUUUAUCAUAGCGUUUAUAUUUCGCGAAAUAGUAAAUAUAAUAAUAAUAAAAAAAAAGUUAUUUAUUGAAAAAUAAUAAUAAUUAAUUGCUUCAAUUAAAAUGUAAAUGAAUUGUAUAUUGUAGAGAGAUAAAAAUGAUAUUGUUCAUGUUAAUUUGUUAACUCAGAUUGCUAGAGUAAAUUGUGAAUUCGUCAGCAUUAAAAAAAACUAAUACUAUUAUUAUAAUAAUCUUUUAUGUACACAGAUAAUAAAAAGUUAAUAUUCUCGAAUGGACUGAGAGCCUGUAGCAGCUAGACUUCUUCAUUUUGUGAAGCUGAAACGUUGUCAGUACUGUAGAAAAUUAUGGAGUUUGAACUAUGGUGGUUUUGUAAGAUAGCUGGUUUCAAAGGUUCAGAUCCGCAAUUGUCCAUAUAAUAAAUGUAAUUUAUUGAUAUUACAUUUAUUACUUUCCAGCGCCACCACUGUUCAAACUCCAUAAUUGGCCACCAUACUUACCUAUAGUAGGCAUGGGCUGAAAAACUUUCAACUUUAAAAUGAAGUAAGUCUGGCUAUCGCAGGCUCUUGUUCUAGAAGGAACAUUAUGCACUGUAAUGUGGUGAUACGAGAAAUAUAUGACAAUUGUUCUAGUUGUAAACUUUAUGAUACUGUAGUCGAUACCCACCUCACGCGUCCCGCAUGGCUAGGCUAAGUCGUGUAUCAGAAUUAUUUGCUCAAGCGGCAAACCGUAUUGUAGCCACUGAAUCUCAUAGUCAUAACAUAGCACACCGGCGAAACCAUUAAGUGUUCAUUUACACGAACGGCAGCUGCUACCGACGACUGCAGUCAGCGACGUCUCGGCGGCAGCCAACUGCAGUCGGCGACGCCGUCGCCUGUCACCGAGACGUCGCUGACUGCCGCCGACUGCAGUCGACUGCGGUCGUCGGUAGCAGUUGCCGCUCGUGUGAAUGAACCCUAACACUAAUUAGGUGACGUGCAAAGUUGUUUGUUGAUCAUUUUUAUAGUAAGAAAUUGUGUUAUAUGGUGUGAAAUGUUUCACCGAAUAGUGUUUGACAUUUUAUUUAUUGAGAAUUUUAUUUUCUUACGAGUAAUAAGAUGCCCAUCUGCAAAUAUGGGACUGGACGCGAGCACUCAACACCCUAACGCUUAAGAUAAUUUAUUAUUAUUAUUGAUCACAAUAAUAUUUUUUUAUUUUAUUUUUUUAUAAGUGGUGUUUUUAUGAAAAUGUAACCAUUGACUCUUCAUUGUACUUAAAUGAUUAACUUAUUAUAUGCCAUGUAAAUGCAAUAUUAGAGAUUAUUUUAAAAAUGCAAAAUGACAAAGUAUAUUUUACUCGUAGAUUGGAUCAAUAAAUUAUGGAAUUACAUGCUUUGAUGGCUUGUUUUUUAUUUCAUUUUCAACUAUUAUGACCAUAAUAGCUACCAAAGAUAAUUGCAAAAUGCAUUGGCAUAUAACUUUAUAGCUACUUAAUUGAUGAAUGUUGCUCGGUUGGUUUAUUUUAAGACCUAUACAAAUGUAAAUAACUUAAAACAUUUAUUGACUCACUGUAUGUAACAUUUUAUUGUUAUUUGAACUUAAUUUGAACUCAUAUAUUGAAUGCAGAUUGAAUUAUUGUGUGUAUAACUGUCGUGUUAUAAUUAUAUUAUUCUUAAGUUACUGAUGUAUUAACAAUAUAAUGAUUUUAAUAGGUAUUUAUUUUAUUGUGCUAAGUAGGUAUUCUAUUAAAUUAAUGGAAUGUGUUAAAGGAGAUCAUUCACGCUCCAUACAUUUUUGGGCUCUUUUUGAAAGUGCCGGCCAACAAAAAAAAAUGGCACGACUCGUUAGAAUUAGCUAUUUGGAGCAAUAGUUAAUAUGGCAUAAAAGUUGUCAAGUGGCUCUGAACCAAGUUAUACAGGUUCGACGAUUCGUUAUUUCCAUACAUUUUGUCAAUUUUCAAAAGUGCCCGCUAAGGAAAAAUACUGAUACGUAUCGUUAGAACUGCCCAUUUGGAACAAUAGUUAGUAUGGCACAAAUGUUGUAAGAUUGCUCUGAAUCAAGUUAUACAGGUUCAAUGACUCGUCACUUCUAUACAUAUUUUUUGAGUUUUGUAAGUGACCACCUACAAUAUAAAUAAUACGUAUCGUUGUAACUAGCAUUUGCAGCAAUAUUUAUUAUGGCAUAAACAUUUUAGUAUAGCUCUGUGUCCAGUUAUGCAGUUUCGAUGAUUCGUCAAAUCCAUAUGUUUUAUUGGUUUUCAAAGUGCCGUUUUACAAAAAUAUGCACUUAUCACUGCACUUAUCGUUAGAACUGCCCAUUUGGAGUAAUAUUUAGUACUAGCGGACGCCCGCGACUUCGUCCGCGUAAAAGUUUAUGUAAACUUCUCUACCUCUACCUUACCCUACUCGUAAACCUACCCAACCCUACCCUACCCUACCCUACCCCUAUCUUACUCCUACCCUACCGCUAACACUAACCCUUCCCUCCCCCCACCUUACCCUACCCUAACCCUACCCGUAACCUAUCCAUACCCUAUCCUACCCUACCCCUAAUCUACCCCUACCCUACCCCUACCUUACUCCUACCCUACCGCUAACCCUAACCCUUCCCUACCCCUACCUUAUCCCUACCCUAACCCUACCCUACCCGUACCCUACCCCUACCCUACCCUACCCCUAUCCUACUCCUCCCCUACCCUAGACGUUCCAUAUCCUUCCCCUACCUCUACCUUGCCCCUACCCUACACUACCCCUACCUUAUCCGUACCCUACCCUACACUUUCCCUAAAUUACCCCUACCCUACCUCUAUCCUACCCCUUCCCUACCUCUAUCCUAUCCCUACCCUCAGCAAAAUUGGUCCAGCAUUUUGUGCGUGGUGCAAUGACCAAAAGAACUAUAAUUUCCCAAGCGACUUCUAUGCUAAUACUAUAAAGAGGUAAAGUUUGUGUGGUUGUCGGGGGUAAUCUCUGGAUCUACUGGACCGAUUUGGAAAAUUCUUUUACCAAUAGAAAGCUACAUUAUUUGCGAGUGUCAUAGGCUAUGUUUGGUCCUCAUAUUCAUACGGGAACGGGAACCACGUAAUUGAAACCGCGGGGCGUCAUAUAGCGGCAUUUCUGCGACUUUCAGAAAUUUUGUAUUAUCUCCGAAACUAUAUAACUAAUUAACAUACUGUAAAGGGCAAAUCUUAUCUCUAUAAUAUCCUUGUGAUUAUUAAAUAAUUUAUUUUGAUAAGGAUUUAAGGUUAGUUGUGUAAAUAAUGACGUAAAUCUUAGUUUAAAAUUUAAAUAAUUUAUUAAAGUACUAAAGGUACUAUAUCUGCUAAAAUAUAAAAGAUAGAUAUAUGGUGUCGCGGACUUUUUUGUAGAACUUUUAAAGGUUAAAAAAGCCUCCAUACAUUUAUUUCAGUUAUACGCAAUGGUUGAGGCAGCGCAUGCGAAAAAGUAAGUUUUUCGGUCUGACCUGUAAGAGAAAACCCGCGAUAUCUCAGUAGUUAUAUAUGAUAGAAAUAUAAAAUAAUAGCCUAUAGCACUCCCCGAUAACGUAGCAUUCUACUGGUGAAAGAAUUUUUAAAAUCGGUCCAGUAGUUCCGAAGAUUACCCCAUUUCAAAAAAUUGUUACAAACUUACAAACUUACAAACUUACAAACUUUACCUCUUUAUAAUAUUAGUAUAGAUGUCACGAAUGCUGUAGGUUUGGUCUGAACCAAGUUAUAAAGGUUCGAUAUCUCGUCACUUAUAUGCAUUUUAUUGAGUUUUGUAAGUGCCCACCGACAAUAUUAAUGAUAAGUAUCGUUUUAACUGGUCAUUUGUGGCAAUAGUUAGUAUAACACGAAUGUUGUAGGGUUGCUCUAAGCCAAGUUAUACAGGUUAAAUGUGCCUGCCAAUAAAAUUCUUACAGGUAUCAUUUCAACUGAUCAUUUAGACAUACUUUGUCAGUUACUAUGGCAGACACGUUGUAUAAAUGCUCUGAUCUAAGUUAUGCAGGUGUGACUAUUUGUAAUAUCCAUACAUUUUCUUGAUUUUUAAGUGCCAACCAUUAAAAUGGUACGUAUCAUUAGAACUGGCUGUAAUAGGAACGGGGAGUAAUAGUUAGUAUAUUAUUACAACCGUUGUAGGCCUGCUCUGAGCCAUGUUAUACAAGUUCAAUGAUUCUUAAUUUCUAUGCAUUUUAUCGAUUUAAGCAAUACAGUUACUUGGUAGGUAUGACAGAAACAUUGUAUGAUUGCUCUGAGAUCCAAGUUAUUUGCGUUCGAUGAUUCGUCACUUAUGUUUUUGUUGAUAUCUGAAUGUAAUGGGGAACAAUAAAUAGGUAAUAAUGAUGAAUACUUAACUAAUAAUAUGAAAUAAAUGUCAUCAUGGUGUAAGCUGUGUCAUCAUUAUUUGUUAUGUUCUUCCUUCUGGACCGUUUCUGCACUUGGACAUGUGAUUCGCCGUUUUGCGUGUAUUUGUUAUGUUAUUUAAGCUUGUAAAUAGAAAUUACCAUUACUUGAAGAACUUAAUAAAACGUUUUUAUUUCUCUCAAUGCACAAUAACACAAUUUUUAGUUACAUUUGCACCAUAAUGUUGAAUUUGUGCAAAUGCUUAGAAUCAUUAUUUCUAUAUUUUAUAUUAUUGCUUUUAUGUUUUCCAACUUUUUUGGAAAUCAAUGAAUGAAAGUUAUAUAACUUGUUUCAGUACUAAUUUUUUUUUUGAAGCGUGUGCAACGUGUUACUAACUAUUGCUCCUAAUGACUAGUUUUAACGUUAGGUAGCAUAUUUUAGGUGAACGGUACUUUAAAAAAUCAGUAAAAUAUAUGGAUGUGACGAAUCAUCUAAACAGUAUAACUUGAUUCGGAUCUAUACUACAACGUUUAUGCCAUAGUAACUAUUACUGAAAAUGGCUAGUUAUAACGAUAAAUAGCAUUUACUUUGUAACUUGCAAAACUCCAUCAAAUACAUUGAAGUAACGAGACAUCGAACCUGUAUAACUUGGUUCUGAACAAUCUUGCAACAUUUGUGCCAUACUAACUAUUACUCCAAAUGGGCAGUUUUAACCAUAAGUACCAUAUUUUUGUUAAACGGUACUUUAAAAAAUCAAUAAAAUGAAUGGAUUGGACGAAUCAUCGAAACUGUAUAACUCGACACAAAGCUAUACUACAAUGUUUAUGCCAAAGUAAAGAUUGCUGCAAAUGGCUAGUUAUAACGAUACAUAUGAUUUAUUUUGUUUGCGGGCACUUACAAAACUCAGUAAAAUGUAUAGAAGUGACGAGUCAUCGAACCUGUAUAACUUGGUUCAGUGCAGUCCUACAACAUUUGAGCCGUAGUAACUAUUGCUCCAAAUGGACAGUUCUAACGAUACGUACCAGUUUUUUUUCUUGGCGGGCACUUUUGAAAAUUGACAAAAUGUAUGGAAAUAACGAAUCGUCGAACCUGUAUAACUUGGUUCAGAGCCCUCCUACAACUUUCAUGCCAUAUUAACUAUUACUCCAAAUGACUAGUUCUAACGAUUCGUGCUAUUUUUUUUCGUUGGCCGGCACUUUCAAAAAGGGCCCAAAAUGAAUGAUCUCCUUUGUGUAUAUUAAUAAAAUUGUAAGUAUUAAUAAUGUUUUAACACCUAGUUAACUUGAACAUUUUAACGACAAACUCCAUAUUUGCAGAUGUACAAUGUUUAUCAGUUAGUGAUGUUCAAUAGACUAGUUUGAAUAAAAUUAUUUACGUUGAAAAUUC